GGAAGGAGUUAUUGGCAGGAGGAAUAUGGAAAGGAGUUAAUGGCAGGGAGAAUAUGGGGAGGAGUUAUUGGCAGGUGGAAUAUGGGGAGGAGUUAUUGGCAGGGGGAAUAUGGGGAGGAGGUAUUGACAGGGGGAAUAUGGGUAGGAGUUAUUGGCAGGGAGGAUAUAGGAAAGAGUUAUUGGAAGGUUAUUGGCAGGGAGGAUAUAGGAAGGAGUUAUUGGCAAGGGGGAUAUAGGAAGGAGUUAUUGGCAGGGGGAAUAUGGGAAGGAGGUAUUGACAGGGGGAAUAUGGGUAGGAGUUAUUUGCAGGGAGGAUAUAGGAAAGAGAGUUAUUGGCAGGGGGAACAUGGGGAGGAGGUAUUGACAGGGGGAAUAUGGGUAGGAGUUAUUGGCAGGGAGGAUAUAGGAAAGAGUUAUUGGAAGGGGGAAUAUGGGGAGGAGUUAUUGGCAGGGGGAAUAUGGGGAUGA